UUUAAGUUGACUUGAUUAUUGCAGUUGUACACUGAUCCAGUGCAUGGAUAUGUAUUCCGCUCCAAGAAGGAUGUUUUGCGCUAUCUACAGACUGGGGACAUUAGUAAAUGUGCUAUAAAACCUGUCAAAAGGGAUCUAGAUGCAACAAUGAAGGAGAGUUCUCCCGCAGCACAUAACACCAGUUCGAAGAAAUUAGGGGGCGCUAUGACUGAAAGGCAACCUUUUGCUGCUGAGGAAUCCAGAGGUGAAAAACGUGCUGUUACUUAUUCACCGGGAGUACAAGCUGAGAGUUCCAAGAAACAGCGUGAAACCAGUGCCUCCAAUGCAAACACCGGUAUUACAUCAGCGGCUGAUAUAAACACAAAGCAUUCAUGUGAAAAUGUUAUUGAAAAUGCUGAAAUGAGUCUGGACAAGGAGCCAGAAAUAAGAGACUCAAAUGCAGACACAAAAGUCAUAACUGCUGAAAGUGUGGUUGCUGAAAGGCUAUCAGCUGUUUCAACUCCUCUGUCAGAUCUACUCCCAGGGCAGCAAUUACCAGAAAAUGAGCAGGAAAAACAUAUUAAUAAAGAAACACCAAAGCAGUCGAGAAGAUCCAGAAAUAAGAAGUCAAUUACACCUGGUCGUCGGAUCUCAAAAAGACUUGUCGGCCACAGCCCAGAACCAGUGGCUAAUUUGGAUCUAGGUGAACGUGCUUUUCGAGCUGUGGUUAAGAAAUCUGCCUCUUUGGGCAUUCCCCUGAAUGAUUGUUGUCAGGAACUUGCCCAGAACGAAGAUCCUACAGUUCCUACUGGCAAUUCUGAUCAGGCUUCUCUGAGCAGAGAAGCUUCAGUCGAUGAAUUACCACCAGGCUUAGAAAAGGAAACACUUGCCCCGAACAAAGAUCCGACAGUAGGAACUGGCAAUUCUGAUCAGGCUUCUCUAAGCAGAGAAGCUUCAGUGGAGGAAUUACUACCAGCCUGGGAAAAUGAAAUACUUUCCCCCAACAAAGAUCCUACAGUAGGAACAGGCAAUUCUGAUCAGACUUCUCUGAGCAGAGGAGCUUCAGUGGUGGAAUUACCACUAACCUGGGAAAAGGAAAUACUUGCCCCGACCAAAGAUCCUACAGUAGGAACAGGCAAUUCUGAGCAGGCUUUUAGCAGAGAAGCUUCAGCAGAUCAAUUACCACCAGGCUGGGACAAGGAAAUACUUGCCCCGAACAAAGAUUCUACUGUAGGAACUGGCAAUUCUGAUCAGGCUUCUCUGAGCAGAGAAGCUUCAGUGGAGGAAUUACGACCAGCCUGGGAAAAGGAAAUACUUCCCCCCAACAAAGAUCCUAGAGUAGGAACGGGCAAUUCUGAUCAGGCUUCUCUGAGCAGAGAGGCUUCAGUGGAUCAAUUGCCACUAGGAUGGGACAAGGAAAUACUUGCCCCGAACAAAGAUCCUACUGUAGGAACUGAUCAGGCUUCUCUGAGCAAAGAAGCUUCAGCGGAUGAAUUACCACCAGGCUGGGGAAAGGAAAUACUUAUCCAGAACAAAGAACUGAGCGGAGAAGCUUCAGCGGAUGAAUUACCACCAGGCUUUACCUGGAAUAAAGGUCCGACAUUAGGAACUGGCAAAUCCGAUCAGGCUUCUCUGACCAGAGAAGCUUCAGCAGAUGACUUACCACCAGGCUUCACCUGGAAUAAAGGUCCAAGAGUAGGAACUAACAAUUCUGAUCAGGCUUCUCUGAGCAGAGAAGCUUCAGCGGAUGAAUUACCACCAGGCUUUACCUGGAAUAAUGGUCCGACAGUAAGAACUGGAAAUUCUGAUCAGGCUUCUCUGAUCAGAGAAGCUUCAGCGGAUGAAUUACCACCAGGAUUUACCUGGAAUAAAGGUCCGACAGGAAGAACUGGCAAUUCUGAUCAGGCUUCUCUGAGCAGAGAGGCUUCAGCGGAUGAAUUACCACCAGGCUUUACCUGGAACAACUGUCCGACAGUUGAAACUGGCAAUUCUGAUCAGGCUUUUCUGAGCAGAGAAGCUUCAGCGGAUGAAUUACCCCCAGGCUGGGAAAAGGAAAUACUUGCCCAGAAGAAAGAUCCUACUGUAGGAACUGGCAAUUCUUAUCAGUCUUUUCUGAGAAGAGAAGCUUCAGUCGAUGAAUUACCACCAGGCUGGAAAAAAGAAAUCAGAAUUAGGCAAAACGCUCGUGGGAUAAGAAAGGACCCGUUUUACACGGAUCCAGUUCAUGGAUAUGUAUUUCGCUCCAAAAAGGAUGUUAUGCGCUAUCUGCAAACUGGAGACAUCAGUAGGUGUGCAAUGAGACCUGCCAAAAGGGAUCCGGAUUCAGAAAUGAAGGGUAAUUCUCCCUCAACACGUGGCGCCAGUUCAAAGAAAUUAGGGUGCUCUUUGUCCAGAAGACAAGCUUUUUCUAUUGAGGAAUCAAAAGGUGGAGAGUGUUUUGAUACUUAUUCACUGGCACUACAAGCUGAGAGUUCCAAUGAACAUCCUGAAAGCAGUGUGUUCAACAGCACCAUUAUUUCAUCUACUGUAGCUGAUAUAACAGAAAAGCAUUCAUGCGGAAAUGUAAAUGUAGAUGCUGAAAUAAGACUAGACAUGGAACGAGAAUUAAGAGACUCAAUUGGAGACACAAAAGCUAUAGCUGCUGAAAGUGUUGAUGUUAAAAGGUCAUUAGCUGUUUCCCCUCAGACGGUGUUCUUCCCAGAGCUGCAAUUACCAGAAAAUAAGAAGAAAAAACAUAGUAAUAAAAAAUUGCCAGCGCAGUUGAGAAAAAUUAGAAAUGAGGAGUUAUUUACACCGGUUCGCCGGGUUUCAAAGAGACUCUCAGGCCACUACUCAGAAGUGGUGCCUGAUUUAAAUGUAGGUGAAUGUGGUCCUGGAUCUGUCUCUUCAGGCCAUCCCCUGACUGUUUCUGGUCGGGAAUUGUCCCAGCAAGCUGAUCUGGCCAUUUCGGAUCACGCCUUUCUAAGAAAAAUAGCUUUAUCACAAGAUGAUCAGUUGGAAAUUGUGAAGUGUCCUUCAGAGGGCCAAGCUUUUAAAGAGCAGAAAGCUGCGAAGGAAUUAACAAGUGAGAAACAAGAUGAUAGAAGAAUAUUGCGAGAUCCUCAGCCAGCUGAAAUAUCAUAUGAAAUCGGAAAGGUUCACUUGGAGCACCAGGUGGUUAAAGAAAGGCCUACAGCACAAGACAGUCAGAAGAGAUUAUUGAACAAUUCUUGGCCAGCUCAAUUAGCAUCGGGAAGUAGGGUACUCCCUGUGGAGAACCAGUAUGUUUCGGAAAGGUGUUCUGUAGAGCAGGUAAGUGAGAAACGCGAUUAUGAGAACAUGCAAUGGCGAGAUUCACAACUAGGUGAAUCGUCACAGAGAAGUAGAGAGCUUAAUGUGGAAAACCAGCCUGUUAGAGAAAAGCAAACAGGAGAGCUAGUAACUGAGAAUCAAGAUGAGCAGAGCAGAAGGUUGCAAGCACAACUAGCUUCUUACCCAUUUGGGGAUUAUUGGUCAGACCCAUGCUUGGAAUUUGCAUUCAAGACCCUUACUGGUGCAAUACCAGUAGAAGAUACCCUCGCCUUUCAAGGAUCUUCCCAGCAAGAAUUCAAUACUUCUUACACUCAGGCUGAUGACGGGUGCUUUGAACUGCCAUUAUUCAACACUUCCAGCUUUUACAUGAAUGAUGUUCCUAGCCAUUGCGCUCCAUCAGAGGAGCACGUCCCGCAGGAGCAACCGCCAAUAACUCAAACCUUUUUGCCCACUGGAAGUAAUAGCAUGCCAGGUUGCAGUAGUGUUGUUUCUCAAAGUCCAGGUUUGGACACCCAGGCUAAGGACUAUCAAUCUAAAGUUAAAUCGCAGUGUCCAGGUAUGGACACCCAGGCCAAUAAAUCAAACCUUUUUGCCCACUGGAAAUAAUUGCACAUCGGGCUGCAGUAGUGUUGUUUCUCAAAGUCCAGGUUUGGACACACAGGCCAAGGACUAUCAAUCUAACGUCAAAUCUCAAAAGUUGAAUCAGAGCGCUUUAAGAGACAGGUGUUACGUGUAUCGAUGGAUCAAGUAAUAACACGGAACUGCUCUUUUGUGAAUGCAUUUUUGUGCAGCUAUUACCCUCUAGCUGUUUUAUUUUUUUGAUGCAGUUUCUAUAGUUGGGGAGACUGUCUAUAAUUGGGUGAAGAUUGACAACAGGUGAUAUGCUUCAUCAUAUGUUUGUGGGAUGAGAUGGAUAUAUUAGAUUUGUUCGAUCCAGGUGGUCUGAAAUGUAGAUGCAACUUUUUGAAUAUUUAGAUCUCACGAUCAGUAGUACUUUAGACAAUCUUUUUCCCACUUAAAAAGGCAUAAUAGACAAAUGUUUGCUAAAUGUUUUCUGUAUAAGGUACGAUCUCUAAGCUUUGGUAGCACAUAAUUUUGUCGCUGUUUUCUCUC